GUCAAUAACGUGGGUACGGCCAGAUCCCUGCAGAGACGUCAUAUAAGUACGCUGUCGAUUGCUGCAUUGUGAGGUCGGUGUUAAUCGUACUAAUCAGUAUUAUUAAGAACUAUUUGAAUCCUGUCGCAGACGACCGAAUCAACGAAUUGGCUCGAGUGAGGAUUUGAACGACACCGAACCGUACGUGUGAAUGUCCGUGGGGUUCAAACGAGAUCCGUCAGUGCCUGCUUGGUAAUUAAGUGGCUGAAAAUCAUGGCGGCAACCGCAUCACACAUGCAAGUCGAAGUAGGCGGCCCCUUCAAGCCGGUGUGGACUGCUUCCCGACAGUUGCGUGAGGGGCGUGACGCUCCCGGUCGUCGUACGGUUCGGAGCAUAGUAUCCAAGCCCACCAUGCAUGGUGGCUAUAUUGAUCCGGGCUAUAGUGAAUUGAAAAGCGUCUUGGUUCGAACGCAUGCCGUGAUGUUUCGCACCACGGCUGGACAGAACUAUGAGAAAGCAGUGGAAGUUGUUGAUGAUGAGCACCGACCGCGAAUGAAAAGCUUUCCUGGAGACUGGUUUCCAGACGCGUCCCAGGUAUACGCGUGCAUGCGGGACAAUGUGGACGCACGAAAAGUCAACCAUUUCUUUGACAUCCUGGAAAGAAUGCCGUUUCUUUUCAAGGCACUGGACAGGAUCAAGCUCAGCUGGUUGAAAAACAAUUAUCCGUUACCGCAACGGAUAAUGCGAGCACUGGACCGAGACGACUUCGAACUGAUCAGCGCUAACUUUACCUCUCCCAUCGCGGAUGUUAACAGGUACCCCGGAGCCAUGUGGGUUAUGAAGUACGGGGACCAGAAUUCAGACGAGUACAUGCAGCUGUCACGCAGUCGGGACCGGAGGGAAAGCGGACGACAUUACAGCAGAUGUUUGAGCCGCCCACUCUUUGAAAGGGGAGUACUGGCCCAGGCGCAGGAGCCGUGGGCCAUCUCCAAGAGCGUCAUCCCGCACCGCCGCGAGUGGAACCAGCUGGUGCGCCGCUACAUGGACGACUGCGCGGCCGGUGGGGGGCGCCAGUGGCAGCGCCGCUCCACCGGCCUGGCCCGCUCGUCCGAGCUCGGACGAGCCCUGUUCAGGCCGCGUCGCCAGUCGACCGCCACCUCCGCAGGUGGCAGUGACGUCACCUCGGAGGCCGAGCGACCACGGGUGGAGCGGCCGGUCGUCUGGCUGAUGGAGACGCUGCACCCGCCGUGGCAGACGGUCGAGGAGUCGGAACUGGGCGAACGGCGUAUCUCCGAUCUGCACACCAGCUCGGCCGAGGACGCCAAACUCAUCAUGAAACGCUGCCGCCAGAUCAAGCAGACGACGCUCAACCAGAUGAACGAGCAGUACAUCGCCAAGAUUCACAAGCUGGAGGACAACCGAGCGAAGCGGUACCGGCGUAAAGUGGAGUACCUGGUGCCGCCGUACCGCACGGCCGGCGCCGACAUGCCGGCCAUCCGGCGGCGCGUGCAGCGGCGCAGCCAGCAGGAGGACGUGGUGGUGCGCAACGCCGCAUGGUUCAACCGGCUGGAGCAGAUGGCCUCGCUUAUCGGAGCCGCGGAGCAGCCGCGCUGCCACCAACUGUUGGAGAGGCUGCAGCCGUUCAGUAGGCUGGAGGGCGCGCAGACGACCUACGGCAAAGAGAAGCUCUGUCUGGUGCUGAUGUCCGUGCCGAUCUACGAGGCGCUGCAGGACAGUCUCCAGAUGGCCGUCCUCUUCGUCCAUGUGCAUUUCCUUGGCGGCAGCGAGAACGUCUUCAAGCGAUGGCUCAAGGCGAGAAAUAUCAAUGAUGCAACGGAAGGCAGCCCACUGAUCAGCACGUUACGGAGCGCGGAUCUUGACUCGCCUUCUGAACAGGACGAAUUCGAUUCUGAGCAUGAUCUGAGUUCAUGAGAGCUCCAGUGAGUCGGCAUAUCGCGUCAUAGCACUGGUUCGUCGUAAUGUUCAGCUCUCAUUGCACUAUGAUGCUUUAUCGGGGAGGGCGGUAUUCCGAGGUCGUGGAUGAAUGAAUUGUCGUUGGGGUAUUGCACGUGGAGGUGGAUCAUCCCAGCCUCCAGCGAGCCAGAAAGCGGCCAGCGCCGCAGCAUGGAAAGAGCGGAGCAACGGGUGGACACAGAUGUGAGGGAGCCAAUGGUGACAUGCUAGCCAACCGUGUGACCUGUUCUCACUUCGCGAAUUGAAACGCAAGACCAUUUUAUCCUUAUGGAAGACCGGAGCAAAGGGCGAGUGCGAACGCCAAGGAGCCGCUCGCAGAACGCGAUACAAGUGCGCAGGCCGUUUUUCUUACUAGACUGUGUCACUAUGCCACGAUGCCAUCACGAACGAUUAUGUGGUCUUGUCUCGCUCUGUACGAUGAAAACGAAAUA